AUGGUCAAACAAAAUGAUUCCAGAGUUACUGAGUUUGUCCUUGAGGGACUGACAGACAAACCAGAACUCCAGCUGCCUCUCUUCUUUGUGUUACUAGGUAUCUAUGGGAUCACUGUAAUAGGAAAUGUGGGUAUGAUCCUGGUAAUCACUUUCAAUUCCAAGUUCCAAUCUCCCAUGUACUUUUUGCUUGGCAAUUUUUCAGUCAUAGAUCUCUUUUACUCCUCAGUUGUUACCCCUAAACUCCUUGGAAACUUUGUAUGGGAGAAAAAUGUUAUUGCCUACCCUGCAUGUAUGACAAGACCUUUUUUCUCUUGUCUUUUUGCUACUGCUGAGUGCUAUAUACUAACAGCCAUGGCGUAUAAUAGAUACGUGGCUAUAUGUUGUCCAUUGCUCUACAAUGUCACUAUGUCUCAAAAUGUCUGCAACAUGCUGGUGACUGGUGUCUAUAUCAUGGGAUCUACUACAGCUAUGAUCCACACUGUGUCCAUGAUGAAGCUUUUCUUCUGUGAGGACAGUGUCAUCCACCAUUAUUUCUGUGAUGUACUCCCUCUCCUAAAGCUCUCAUGCUCUAGUACUUAUGUCAAUGAGGAUCUGUUGAUAUUUGUAGGUGGAUUUAAUGUGCUCAUAACAACUUUGGCCAUCAUAAUCUCUUAUGCCUUAAUACUGUGUAACAUUCUUCAAAUGUCUUCAGCUGAAUGCAAGUCCAAAGCCUUUGCUACCUGUGGCUCUCAUCUUAUAGCUGUUUUUUUUUUUUUUUUUUUUUUUAAUGGAUCCAUUAUAUUCAUGUAUUUUAAGCCCACAUCCAGCAGCAACCUGGCACAGGAGAAGGUGGCUGCUGUGUUCUUCACCACAGUGAUCCCUAUGCUGAACCCUUUGAUCUACAGCCUGAGGAAUAAGGAUGUAAAGAAUGUGCUGAGCAGAGUCAUGGGUAUGAAGUACCCAGGGUAG